AUGGCAAGAUAUUCGGAGGCUUGGCUUAUCGGUCCUCGCUCUACCAAUUUCUACACACGAACAUAUGCUGCAGCUUCGUCCAUUGCGUCCAUUGUAUUCAUACACGGUGCAGCUGAACAUGCUGGUCGCUAUACGGAUUUUCACUCCUCCCUUGCAGAGAACGGGGUUACUGUGUUUGUCUAUGACCAACGUGGCUUUGGACGGACUGCUUUAGAUGCUGAACACAAAUCCAAGGACAGUGCCUAUGGAAGAACAUGCCGGACACUUCAGUUGGAGGAUUUGGAAUGGGCUGUUCAACAUGUACGCACGCAGUUCAACGAACUACCUCUAUUCCUCAUGGGCUUCUCAAUGGGUGGUAGUUUAGCGUUCAGCUUCGUUUCACGCGACAGUCCACCCUCAGCGAAAGCGGCUACGUCUCUUGUAUCGGGAAUUAUUGGAUGUGCCCCCACCAUUCAUCUCACCAAACCACCGUCUACAAUUGUGCGCUCUGUGGGUAGAUUGGUGGCCUUGGUUGCUCCCAACAUGCUAGUGCCGGUCAAGAAUAAGACUCAGGAUCUCUCGCGAAAUGUACAAACUAACAAAGCCUAUGUGGAAGACCCGCUCGUGGGUAUGCCCGGUAGUUUCCGGUCGGUUGGGGAUCUUAUUUCUGGUGGCGCUGCCCUCCUCGACAAGGAUUAUCAGCUCUGGCCUCCUAGACUUCCGCUACUUAUACUUCAAGGAACGGCUGACCAGGUUUCAGAUCCUGCGUCGACACAGGCAUUUUUUGACAAGCUUCCUGUGGAGGAUAAGAAGCUAGUCAUUUAUCCGGACGCAUGUCAUGAAUUGCAUAAUGAACCUGUUCACAAGGAAGUGGUCAGCGAGUCCGUUGCGUUCAUCAAGUCUCACAGCUCUCAGAUCAGGUCGGGAUAA